AUGCCUGACACACUUGGGCUCCGUGUGUGUCUGUGCACCAGCUGGGAGGGGAGACCCUGGCCCCUGCCUCUGUUCCCAGCCCAGAGCCUGCUCCGGCCAGCGUGGAAGCUGGCUUGGGUGCAGGGCCUCAGGCACCCUUGCCUUGAGCAGAACCAGGCUGGGGCAGGGCCAGGAGGACUACGGCAAUCCUGCCCAUUCCGUCCGCCCACCAUGCACAGUCCUCUAGUGGCUCAGCCCGUAGCCCCGAACCCAUCUCCCGCUGCCCGAGCCUCCCUUUGGGGUGAGCAGAGAGGCCAGGCACUGGGGAGCCCUGUUGGGAGUGUGGCUCUGUGCUGCGUUGCCCCACAGGGCCACCCCCCCCCCCCCCCAUUCAGGGCCCGUGCACUCUUCCCGACCAGAACUGGCCUGGGAGGAGGUCCUGGAGGGGGCCUUUCCCUGGGACCACUGUCACCUGUCAGGGACCUGGAGGACUCCUGUCCGCUGCUCACCUUAGAGGCGUUAUGUUAG